AUGUACCAAGAGUUACGGUUUAUAAUUCUACUUAUUAAAAUUACCGUACUAAAAGUUAUUGUACCACGAGGUACGGUAUCAAAAGUUACUGUACCAAGAGGUACGGUAACAAUUGUUACCGUACUUUUUAUCACUGUACCUCUUGGUACGGUACCAAGAUUGUUACAGUACUUUUUAUCACUGUAUCUCUUGGUACGGUACCUCUUAUCUACUGUACCUCUUCGUACCGUACUUUUUCUUAUUGUACCUCUUGUUACCGUACCUCUUGGUACCGUACUUUUGUUGCGUACCUCGUGGUACCGUAUCUUUUAUUACGGUACCUCUUGGUACCGUACCUUUAUCACCGUACCUCUUGGUACCGUAAUUUUGUUAUUAUCUUUUGGUACGGUAUCUUUUGUUAAUGUACCAAGAGCUACGGUACUUCUUGUUACCGUACUUUUUAUCACAAUAUCUCUUGGUACCGUACCUCUUAUCACUGUACCUCUUGGUACCGUACUUUUUGUUAUUGUACCUCUUGUUACCGUACCUCUUGAGGUACCGAACACAUUGUUACCGCGCCUUUUGGUACCAUAUCCUUUGUUAAAACGGUGA